AUGGAAGAUGUCAUGUCAACUAUCGACGAUCCCAAUAUUAUUCUUGAAACCUUGUCGACUACUUCAAAGCCAGUGAAAGUUGCCUCAAAGAGGACAAAUGCAGACUAUGGCAUUAAUCAGAGGAUGACGUUCAUCGAUCGUAUGAUCGAAUUACCUGUGGGACAGAGGUAUGCCGCUGUGGUCGGGAGAGAAUUAGGUGUCGAAGAACGAACUGCUCAGCGAUGGUGGAGAAGCUACGAAGAGACUGGUGAAGUGCCGAUCAAAAAAUCAACCAGAAAUCCAGGACGCCCAAACAACUUCACAGAGGAACACAAAGCUCACGUCUUGGACCUCGUUGAUGACGAUCCAUAG